AUGAGGACAGAUGACUUUGUUACCCGGUUCCUGGCUCUCUCUAUCCAAGGGGGCCUUGGAAAUGAACACGCAGUAGAGCUGUUGGAGCACAAUGUGUCACCAGCCAUUGCACAACGGCUCUACAUACAAGAUAUGUGGAAUGAGAACCUUGCAGUAGCUGCUGAGGAAGUUUGGAAAAUUGGUAGGGCCAUAGAGCUCUACAAUAUGCAGUUCAGUGGCGGGUCCAUCACCAAAAAUAACUACUCCCAGAGGCACCCUGAGUCAUCAAACCAAAAUCAUAAUCACGCUCAUGGGUUCAAAUUGUUUGGGCUGCAGCCAGGACAGGGUGCUCUUAUGAAUAUUGGUGUGGUCCAAGGCAGACAGAUGCACAGAAAUUGGGUGCAGGCUGCCGAACAAAAAAAUAACCAAGGGCGCCAGGCACGCCAAUUAGAAACAGAGAAGCCGGAUGAUCGGCUCAAUUCAUUGGCUGAUCAUUCAUACAAUGAAAUCCGGGCCUUCUUCUAUGAUUAG